UCAACUUGUGACAAUUCCCCAAAUAUAAAAAUGCAAAAGUUAAUAAUACAUUUUCUAAUAACUCUACUGAUGCUGAAGCUAUCGCACGGUAAUUUUUCCGCCCUUAAUAGUAUUUACCUGAAUUCCGUAUUUCAAUUGGAAGUAGAGGAUCUAGAAAUUGAAUUCUUAUUCUUGAUCGCCGGUGGUUUACGUCAUCCAAUACCAAUGGAGAAAUUUGUUCCCUAUAUGGUAUCGAUACGUUCAAGAAAUCCACAAAAAUACUUUGGUGAUAAUCAUUUCUGUGCGGGUACAAUAUUCGGCAAGGAUUUGGUGCUGACCACGGCUCAUUGUGUCAUGGACAAACGUCGUGUUAUAACAAAACCGAGGAGACUUCUCUUAGUCGCUGGGACCCCAAAUCGUGUAGAGCCUUCCAACACCACAAUUCAAUAUCCUGUACGUUCACUGGCGGCCAAUUUAAAUUUUGUUCGCAAGAAUCAAAAUGAUAUUGCAAUUAUUCGAUUGAAAGGUGUAAUUCCUGAGAAUAGUACGGCCAUCAAGUCAAUUCGAUUACCGGAGGGACCACCGCAAUUUGGUGCCCAUUGCACCAUACUGGGAUGGGGUCGAUUGUGUAGGAACGGUCCUUUAUCCGAUUUGGCCACACAUCUGGGCGUACAUUUAUUUAGCCCCGAGGAAUGCCGUCAAAAGUUGCCGGACAGAUUUAAAGAAGGCAUGUUGUGUGCUGGUGAAAAUAAACCCUUUAAACAGGAUCCUUGUCGUGGUGACAGCGGUGGUCCUUUGAUAUGCAACAACACUCUUACCGGUAUUAUUUCAUGGACUAUUGGUUGUGGGAGUUUUCAUGCAGCCAGCCUUUACACGGAUGUUUGGUAUCAUCGGCAAUGGAUUGAACAGCAAUUGAGUAAAUCAAAUAAUUUGACAAUGGCAAAUGACAUUUUGAUUUACAUGUUAUUGUCGGUAUUGAUUUUUUGGAGAAAAUAAAAUAAAAUUUUUAAUAAA